AGCACGUGGAGGCAGGUAAACCGAUUUCGCUAACUUCUUGAUUAUGGCUCGAAUAUUAAAGAAAAAGUCGGCAAAAGCCAAUUCAUCGGCUAAAAAAAAGAAAGUUCAUCCUUCGCAGAAAGGUAGAAGCAGAUUCGAGAUUCAAGCGGCUCGUAAGGAUAGAUCGAAGAAAGCGAUCGUACAAAAAAACGAGUUAGUAGAAAGCCUGGAAGAAGCAUAUCGGCGUAAGCUUGAAAUAGAACUGACCGGAACGAAAAUCAAUCAUUUAUUGCCGAUCAAAAUAAAGGGAAAGGGAUUGGUUAAUCGAACUGUCCCAAAUCAUGCAACUGGCUUAUCGACUGAACGAAAAAUAUACACGACCAAUGACGAUCUGGAACGCAGUACUAACGUUACAACAUAUGAUACGGAAAAACCCCAAAAAGUGCUAACUCUUGCAGAGAUUUUGUUGAAACGUAAUCAGGAAGUUCGAGAAAAACAGCUCUCCAUCGGUUCUCAAUCCGCCGCAAUCUUAGAAACACCGGACGCUCGGAUAGAUAACAUGAAUACCUUGCUGGACUACAUUCGUCCAGUUCGUAAGGAUGGAGGGAUAAAUUUACUUUCCAUCCGAAAGACCGCAAUCAUAUCGCUUGCGGAAAUUUUUAGGGAUAUAGUACCAGAAUUUCGCAUCGGUAUAGUAAACAAAGAAGAACAAAAAUUAAAAAAGGACACCCUUGCUCGCGUUAACUUUGAGAAUAAGCUUCUAUCGUACUAUAAACAAUAUCUAAAAGAAAUGGAGUCCGUCAUGGACUCUUACCAUCGCAGUUUGCGCCAAUCGAAAAAGAUCGCCAUCGAUACCCAACAGCUUUUGCAAACCUGUGUACAAUGCAUGUGCGACUUAGUGUUGGCUCAUCCGUAUUUCAAUUACUCUCCAAACAUUAUUCAAGUCCUUGUUUUGAUGUUGAACGAUGUGAAGGAGAGCAUUCGAAAAAUAGUCCACGUAUGUUUCGCUACACUUUUUAAAACGGAUAUCAGGUUGGAUCUGACAUACCAUACUGUGCGCCACAUUAAUCAGCUGCUCAAGAAAAAAGAACGCCAUGUGCAUCCAGAAAUGAUAUCCUGUUUAAAAUUCCUUCAGAUACACCGAAUUAACCUACAUGAUGAUACUCUACUAGAACUAAAAAAACAAAAACUAGAGAAACAAAAAUCCAGAGUAAUCAACAUGUCUCGAAAAGAGCGUAAACGGAAGAAGAAACUUCAAGAACUGGAAAAGGAUAUAUUUGAAACAAAAGCUGAAGAAAGCAAACAAAUUGUCCGCAAAAAGUUGACCAAUAUAUCCAAGCUGGCUUUUAUGAUUGUUUUUAAAAUACUUAAAUGCUAUCCAGACUCCCGUGUCUUGAGCGUAACACUUGAAGUGCUUUCUAAAUUCGCGCAUACUAUCAACAUAGAUUUUUUCGCCGAUUUGGUAGAACUUUUGAACAACCUACUUGAAAAUGCUGAGCUUGGGUAUCGAGAACAUUUGCACUGCAUCCAAACGGUGUUUAUUAUUUUGGGUGGACAGGGUGAGGUGUUGAAUAUCGAUCCUGCCAGAUUUUAUUCGCAUUUUUAUAAAAAUCUUCUCUAUGUUCAUGGAGGUAAAAAUCACGGCGACAUGGAAACUAUUUUGAGCACCCUUGAUAUUCUAUUAUUCAAGCGGCGCCGUAAUGUAACCUCUCAGCGCUACAUGAGCUUCCUAAAACGUUUGGCUACCCUUACCUUGCAAACACUACCCAAUGGAUCUCUUGGUUUGAUAGCAAUUAUACGUAGUAGUUUGCAAAUGAACCAGCACCUUGACAUUCUCCUGAAUACAGAUGAAGUUAUAGGAUCGGGUACGUUUGAUCCUCUAAACGACGAACCUGAGUUCGCCAAUGCUAAUUGUACGUCCCUGUAUGAAACGACUUGUUUGAGUCGACAUUUUCAUCCUACAAUAAGAAAAGUCACAGCCCAUCUGUUUCUUGGCACCGACAACAGAGGCACCCACAUGGCAAGAGCAUUAACCCCGAGUGAAUGGUAUGCAAACUAUGAUUGUAGUGAAAUUAUUUUCAAUCCAGAAAUUAUACCACCUGCAAAGUUGAAAAACACUAAACAAUUUCGAAGUCAACUGGGAAUUGCAUCAGUAAAAGAACGUUUCCUGGUCGACUGUGCGAGUAGUACUUUGCUAGAACAAUAUGAAAAAUUGGAUACAAAUUAUUCCUUAUUAUAUGACUACUUUGCAGAGUAUAUCUCUGAUGAGUAAGUUAAUCGUUUACAAAUCCUUAUUUGGCCAUUAAACAAUAUUUUCGUGCUCCGACGACCGUACGUUAAAUCGUUGGAACACAUUCACUAACUAUAAACAAUGUACGGAUGUAUUUCUAAGAAAUAAAAUACUUGCUUACGUAAAACUUGUUUACGCUGCACCAUCCAGAAAUUUACACAUAAAAAAAAGUGUUGCGGCAUAUGGCGCGCGACAUGUUUUGAAUAGAUGAAAGUCAUACAGCGCUCUUACCUGCCUUAAAGACCGAAGCGUUUUCAACCGGAGGUCCGAAGUCUGCCAGUCAGACAAUGAACCACGUCGUCGAUGAAAGUAGUCAAAUUUGAGAUAACAUACUGAAUUGAAUUGGUUCGAAUGACUUGCGAAUAAGCCGAGGCCGCAAUUAAUCCCUUCUAAUUAUCAGUUAGUCGUUACAAUUAUUAUUUUGAACUCAUCUACCUUAAGCUCGAGCGAUGUUUGAUAGCCGCCAUUCUUACAGCUAAAAACACCGGUGAGUUGAUGAACCCUUCAACACAGUAACUCCACAA